AUCAGCUGUUGGGCGGUGCAUUGUGGGAGUAAGGAUAUCGCACUGGUUUACUUCGGUGUCAUUGCUACACAUCUGAUUUGAUCUGAUUUGAUUUGAUUUGUGUCUGAUCUAUAUCAGCUAUUGUGAGGUGUGAGUUAUGUCGACUCGAGGGGAAAAAAAGAAAAUUUCAAAGAUGUCUCGCUCAGUUAAAGCUGGAGUGAUUUUUCCUGUUGGCCGAAUGCUGCGCUACAUUAAACACAAUCUCCCCAAAUACAGAGUGGGUGUAGGAGCACCUGUCUACCUUGCGGCUGUCCUUGAAUACCUCACCGCUGAGAUUUUGGAGUUGGCAGGUAAUGCGGCACGUGAUAAUAAGAAGGGGCGUGUUUCACCCCGACACAUCCUGCUUGCCAUUGCUAAUGAUGAAGAGCUUAAUCAGUUGCUGAGGGGUGUAACAGUUGCUGCAGGAGGAGUUUUACCCAACAUUCACCCUGAACUGCUGGCUAAGAAGAAAGGUGCUAAAGCUAAACUGGAGGCUGCCGUUUCUCCACCAUCACCCACCAAGAAGAACAGAACCAACAAAACAGCAGCUAAAAAUUUCUCCAGAACCAAAAAGCGACGUGAUGGCAGUAAGAGGAUGAGUGCUGACAGUACCACUAACUCUUCAUCUGACACUAUCACCAUACUCUCAUCAAAAAGUCUCUUUCUUGGACAGAAGCUGCAAGUGGUUCAAGGUGAUAUUUCCACCAUCACCAGUGACGCUGUGGUUCAUCCCACUAACUCCACCUUCUACACUGGGGGGGAAGUAGGUGGUGCACUGGAGAAGAAAGGUGGAAAGGAAUUUGUUGAUGCUGUGCUGGAGCUACGUAAGGAACAUGGACCGUUGGAGGUAGCUGGAGCGGCACUGACAGAAGGUUUUGGUCUCCCGGCAAAAUAUGUAAUCCACUGUAACAGUCCCAGUUGGGGAUCCGAUAAGUGUGAGGAACUACUGGAAAAAACAGUAAAGAAUUGCCUCGCCCUCACUGAUGAGAAAAAACUAAAAUCUGUGGCCUUUCCUUCCAUUGGAAGUGGCAGCAGGUGGUUUUGCAUCGUCUUGUUAAUAAAUGCUGGACGUCCCUGGAAAAGACGUCAUCAUGAAGGAAGCACAUGUUGUUAAAAAAUCUCAACGUACUUUUCUAAAUUAACGCUGCAUCACAGAUGUGGAAACGACCUUCAACAAGGACACCUACACCCCCAUACCAUGGCACACCCUGGCGCUGACCCCCAUACCAUGGCACACCCUGGCACUGACCCCCCAUACCAUGGCACACCCUGGCACUGAGCCCAAAGAACUGGACACACUAGAUCACUGUAAAACAAAAGAUACUUCAGCCUCGCAGUGUGUGCAUGUGUCACUGAGGCUCGUACACCAUACAAGACAAAUUUAAUGAGCCAGUAAACAAAAGCCCAACACAAACAGUAUUUAAAGGAUCUUCCAGCUGCAGCACGUUACUGCUCAUGAGACGCAGAGUCUGUCUGAUUAAAGGGUCGUCUGCACCCACAUGCUGUCCAUUAGUGGCAGGGUAAACGGGCAAUGAUGUCUGUGAUCUGAUCCUCCAGCAAAGGUCCAUGACAGGUGGAUCUGUUAGAAGUGGAUGCAGUUUUGUUGUGUGUGUGUUUGUGUGUGUGUGUCUAUGUGUGUGUUUUGGUCAGCAAAUAAUAUUUCUAGCCUAGCUGACACUGACCCUAGAAUUAAAUCCUGGGUAUCACUGAUGACAGGAGGGUUUGGGGUGAAUUCUUUUUGAGCUGAAUAUCAAAUCAAAUCACUUUAUUGUCACGUCACAUUAACACAGGUGUGAAAGGUGAGUGAAAUGCUUAGGUGCUCAGUCCCUCACAGUUGCAAUACACAUUAAUUACAAAAAUAUACACAUUAACUUACAUAAAAACUAGCACUAUUUGUUCAAUAUAUACAGGACUUUUUAUGUGCAGCUGUACAAAAUUAGGAAAAGUGAAUGAAUAUAAAUAUAUAAAAUAAAAUUGGAAUAAUAAGUCUGAAAUGUACAGUUAUUGUGCAAGAUAUGAAUUACACAUGGUAAAGUGCAGAGUGCAGAAUGGGUUGUGUGGGGUGUGUAUGGUGGGGGGAAAAUGAAAGUUUCUGGGAUGAUCUGACAGUGAGGAGAAUCUAACAGCGCACUUUAACUUCCUCCUGCUUUAUCAGACUGAUCAGAUUGUAGUAGGGACGUUCGUACUAAGUGCCCUCAUUAGGUAAGAAUGUGUUUAUUUUCUGUCUACAGCCGUGACCUGAAACAGAGCAGUGAGACCUCCGGUCAACAAGGAUUAGCCAAGAGCAUGCUCGAACAUGCACACACACACACACACACACACACACAUCCCUUGGGGAGACGGCUCAUGCUAAUAAAGCCUAACGCCAAUAGCAAUUAGCCAGAAUUAGCCUCUGUUAAUCCCUAAUGAGGCAGGUGAAUGAGUGUCUGAGCUGUGUACUCAAUUAACACAAUACUCCCCCAAACACUCAUACACCCCACAAACAAUUAAACCCCUAAACACACACACACAUACACACACACACACACUAAUGUUGAGUCCUCAGUUUAAAAAUGCUCGAUUUUAGGUCCGCUUGAUUUUACCAUUUUCAUUGUCCAGGGUGGGUUACUGGGACACUUGACCCACUUUGACCCUGACCAGGUUAGAACAAUAGUAAAACAUGAAAAUGAAUAAAUGAUAAUAACAUUAGAA